GCCACGUGACCGCCCGGCUGGCGCGCUCCCGGCCGUUCGUUCGCUCCCUAGCCGCGUUCACGGUCGCUUCCCUCUUCUGUUGCCGACUCCCGGCCUCCGCACCGAAGCGGCCGGGGCUGGAGCCAAGCCGGAGCGGAGCUGCAGCCGGAACCGGAGCCGGACCCGCAGAGACGUGGAAACAUGGAGGCCUGAGCCGGCGUGCGCCACCCCGGGCUGCGGCGGCGACCGCGGCUUCUACCGAUCCCCUCUGCCACCCGCCCGCCCGUCCGUCCGUCCGUCCGUUGAGCUGGAAGCAGACCUCCCCGCCGGCUGAGACAGGUGGUGUUGUGGAAAUGCAGGCUUAAGGACAAGUUAUCUACCAAAUUAGAAGAUGGGAUCAAACAGCAGCAGAAUUGGUGAUCUGCCUAAAAAUGAGUACUUAAAGAAGUUAGCAGGAACAGAAUCUGUUUCUGAGAAUGACCCGUUCUGGAAUCAGCUUCUCUCGUUUUCUUUCCCUGCACCAACUAGCAGUACGGAGUUGAAACUCUUGGAGGAGGCAACCAUUUCGGUCUGCAGGUCUUUAGGUAAGGGGGAAAAAUGUGUCCACAUCUUCAUUUGGCAGACACACAAUGCUUUAUUUAUUAUUUGCUGUUUGCUGAAGGUGUUCAUCAGUGAGAUGUCAGAGGAAGAAUUACAACUUCAUUUUAUAUAUGAAGAAAAAUCUCCUGGCAGUUGCAGUUCUGACUCAGAAGAUCUUUUGGAAGAAUUGCUCUGCUGUUUGAUGCAGUUAAUCACUGAUAUUCCACUCUUAGAUAUUACAUAUGAAAUAUCAGUAGAAGCGAUAUCAACAAUGGUGGUUUUCCUUUCCUGCCAACUCUUCCACAAGGAAGUUUUGCGACAGAGCAUCAGCCACAAAUAUUUGAUGCGAGGUCCAUGUCUUCCGUACACCAGCAAACUUGUGAAAACCUUACUGUAUAACUUUAUCAGACAAGAAAAGCCGCCUCCUCCAGGAGCCCAUGUUUUUUCUCAGCAGUCGGAUGGGGGAGGACUACUUUAUGGACUUGCAUCAGGAGUAGCAAGAAAGUCAAUCAAGCUGCCAAAAUUUGACUUUAGUUGUGUGAUCACUUUUGAUGAUCUUUUGAAAAUAUUGAUAUACCUUUUUUUCUGUAUUCCAGAUAGCAGUCCUUUUCCAUCAUCAAUUCCACACGCCUUCCAGAUCAACUUUAAUAGUUUGUACACAGCUCUGUGUGAACAGCAGACCUCUGAUCAAGCAACUCUCCUCUUGUAUACAUUGCUCCAUCAGAAUAGUAAUAUUAGAACAUACAUGUUGGCUCGCACAGAUAUGGAAAAUCUUAUAUUAAAAAAUAUUACUUGGUAUUCAGAACGAGCUUUAACUGAAAUUUCCUUGGGGAGUCUGCUGAUACUGGUCGUAAUCAGAACCAUUCAGUACAACAUGACAAGGACGAGAGACAAGUAUCUUCACACCAACUGUCUGGCAGCGUUAGCAAACAUGUCAGCACAGUUCCGCUCGCUCCAUCAGUACGCUGCCCAGAGGAUCAUCAGUUUGUUUUCUUUGCUGUCUAAAAAACACAACAAAGUUCUGGAACAAGCCACACAGUCCUUGAGAGGUUCGCUGAGUUCUAAUGAUGUUCCUCUACCAGAUUAUGCACAAGACCUAAAUGUCAUCGAAGAAGUGAUUCGAAUGAUGUUAGAGAUCAUCAAUUCCUGCCUGACAAAUUCCCUUCACCACAACCCAAACUUGGUGUACGCACUGCUUUACAAACGGGAUCUCUUUGAACAAUUUCGAACUCAUCCUUCAUUUCAGGAUAUAAUGCAAAAUAUUGAUCUGGUGAUCACCUUCUUUAGCUCAAGGUUGCUACAAGCUGGAGCUGAGCUGUCAGUGGAACGAGUCCUGGAAAUCAUUAAGCAAGGUAUUGUCGCACUGCCCAAAGACAGACUAAAGAAAUUUCCAGAACUGAAAUUCAAAUACGUGGAAGAGGAGCAGCCUGAGGAGUUUUUUAUCCCCUACGUCUGGUCUCUGGUCUACAACUCCGCAGUGGGCCUGUACUGGAACCCGCAGGACAUCCAGCUGUUCACGAUGGACUCUGACUGAGGGCGGUGCGCACCCUCCCCCGGCCCCUGCAGCCCCGCGGCCCGUCCGGUCACUGUAUUUCUGGGCAUCGGAAGUAGACAGACGACUGCCCGGUGUGUCUCCUCCUAAAGAGGAUUGCACAAGCGUGUUCCCCUCACACACUCGGGGGAAUCGGUGCCAGUUGGCAAUAGAUCACUCAGCUUAGAUUGUAGCGCAAAAAAGGGGGGAAAUACACAACAAUAAACGUAAAAACCUGCCAUUCAA